AUGCCCUCAACUCUCCAAGUGUUCACCUUCCUCACGCUUGCCAGCCUCGCAGCUGCAGCGCCUGCCAAGAAGGCUGACCGGAAGCUGCGCAAACGCGACACGCUUCCGGACUAUGCCAUCACUUACGCGCCCCUAUCGUACCUCUAUAGUGGCGAGAAGUGGUUUCCGUCCGAUAUCACGACGCACCUGGCCAACGUCGAGCCCGAGGAGGACUAUACCGCUAUCGGGACUAAUGGAUCGGUCACGCUCGACACCCUCGAUUCGCUCUCUUCGGAUGUCUAUCUGACUGCUUCUGAUGGCCCCAUCCUGGACCCAUUGGACGGCACCCCGGCCUGGCUCUCUUCAGACUACGGUAUCCCCGACAGCGAUGGCCUUAGCGCCGCUCCUGGACUUAUCAUUGCCGCGGAGAAAAACAGCACUACGACCGACGUCUUCUACUUCUAUUUCUAUUCGUAUAAUUAUGGGGGAAAGGUCCUGGAUAUCAAUUUCGACGACCACGUUGGCGACUGGGAGCACGUUAUGAUCCGCUUCGUCGAUGAAGAGCCAUACGCCAUCUAUUGCUCCCAGCAUAGCGCUGGAUCGGCCUAUUAUUGGGAUGUGGUGGACUUUUCGGGUGAUCGCCCAAUUACUUACGUUGCGUACGGUGGACACGCCAACUACGUGACCGCAGGUAGCCAAGAUUACACUAUCGCGCUAGGUAUCAUCUCCGACACAACUGACGCUGGGUACCUGUGGGAUAUGACGCUCAACUACCGGGGCUACUUGUACGACGUGGACGCAGACACCUUCUCCAUCGCAUCUGGAGCGGGAACAGGCGCCACUGAGGAGGCGGACGAGUCGGCCGAUUGGCUGAACUGGCUAGGAUAUUGGGGUGACGAGGAGUAUCCAGAUGGGCUUCUAGAUGACAUCGAGACCGGCCAGUACUGCAUCUCGUCCGAGUGCCACUACACAAGCGGGCCGACAGGCCCCGUGGACAAGAACCUCGGCCGGACUACCAUGUGCGAGGAUGAUGACGACUGUACCAUCUUCGAUAGCAUUGAUGAUCUGACGACACAAUCUUAG